AUGGAUGUAAGAGCAUCCCUCUUAACGCCGGGAUUAAGCUUCUCCCGGCGGACAUCAAUGAGACCUCGCAGUGUCUCCCCAACGCCAAUGAAGGAUGAAGAAAAACCCCCGGAAGAAGUUGUUGUGGUGCCAAAAAUCACCCCAAAAUGGGCGUAUGGAACAAUGACCAACGACCAGCUUAUGGAAGUGAAAAAACAAAAUGGAAUUAUCGAUGUGAGCUUCCCUGAGGCAAAAGAUCCGAAAUUCGAGGAAUUCAGUGACUUCCCCCCAUCCUACACCACCCUCUCGGCCAAGGAGAAGGUCAUCUUGAUGUUUGCAGAGAACUUUCGGCAACAAUACAAUGAGAAGUACAUCGAUCGAAUGCCAUUGAUUUUGGCGCUCAAAAAUGAAUGUGGUGUCCAGAAGUUUGUCUCCACCACAAUCAGACCCACAUCCUUGCAUUAUCCGGACUUAAUUGGUUCCUGGGAGAAGAUUUCGUCCUUCGUUGCAGACCACAUUGAGUACGAACCACUCGCUGAACCAACGAAAAUGCCUGAGCGCCUCAUCUCUCCGGAUACCCUGCUGAGGCGCCGUCGAGGGAAUUCCUUUGAGAUGGCCACCCUGCUAUGUAGUCUCCUUCUCGGCUCGGGAUUUGGGUCAUUUGUCGUUUCGGGCUAUGCAUCCCGAGAAGUAACCACAAACAACCAAACGCGAGUCCCCUGCCCAUGGAUUCCCGAUGAAAAGGACGAAAAAUCAAAUGAGGAUUCAGAGAAAAAACAAAAGUACCAACUACGUCCUCCUGUGGACCUUCGUAGUCAAUUUUUAGUUCACAUGGAUGAAAUGGCAGCAUCACGGAAAGCGGCUGAGGAGGAAAAACAACGCGUGGAGGAACGUUGUCGAAUUGCGGAGCUGGAGAAAUUGCCUGAUGAUGAAUUUUCCGGUCGACGCGUCCACGCGUGGGUGGCAAUUCGAGAGCGCACCACGGGCCAGGUGUUCUUCGUUGAGCCCUCAACGGGUUUCCGUGUGAGUGAGCCGGGUGGCAUGUACUUUGGCAUCGAGUCCGUGUGGAAUCAAUACAAUUACUAUGUCAAUCGCCAGCGGCAGGAAGCAAUUGCAGAGGAAACAAUGCGAUGGGAUUUGGCAGAUCCGAAUGACUGGGAGCACUUUUUGAUGGAUGACCCGGAUGAUGGUCAAUUGCGGGCAGGGGCAUCGAUGGCCGAGAGACACUUGGACAUGCCAAUAUCGUGGGUGAAUCAAUUGAAAAUUGAACUGGAGGCCUUUGAGCAACGUUUCCCCGCCGCAGAGAAGAGCAUCAAAUAUAAGAGGGUCAUUUAUGAGAGAUUCUCCCCAUAUAGGCAGGAGAGUGGGCUCGUGCGGAGACUCACAACGUACGAAACACUCGACUAUGGGGGUGAGAAGCAGCAAUGGCAGUGGUUUGCGAAUAGAAAGGAUUUCUUGGAGAUGAUUAAAAUUCUCCAUGAGACAGGUGUGUCCGAGGAGUUCUUUAUUCGUGGCCGCCCGGAUUAUCUUCGAUUUAUCUCUAAGCCAUUGGAUGAGAAAUCCAUCGACAGAACUUACGAAUUUUAUCAUGCCUUUCGCAUGGAUUCCCUAACUCGAUUGGAAAUUGAUUCCACCCACAUUCGCGAAUUUUACGCAGAUCGCGAUGACUUCCUGCAAUUUCGAGAAUUCACCGUAACUUCCGGUUGCAACUUCAAACAGCCAGAUGAAGCUCAAAUUGUGGAAAGAUUUAAACGCAACGACAAGAAGGAAGCUCUCGAUGAUAUUGCAACGAGAAAAUUUCGUAUAGCAGAAAAUCGCAUAACAAUUCGCUUUCACUACGAAAAGAAUUGCAUCACAGCUAGCACGAGGGAGUUUAUUAAGCCCACAAAACCAAACUACCAAGAGGAAGUUUUAUUUGAUGUAGAAAGCACCAAAGGAUAUCAAUCAAAUAUAACAAGCUCAGCUCCGACAGCGGUGGAGCUAUAUCUCAUGCUGUUGGAGCAACUAAAGGCCGAGGAGGAUGCCAUUAAAUCCUUCAUACAGCGUUGCACAGAGCUGAAGGGUCUGGAGGAAUUGCGGCGGAAGGAGAUAUUGAAGCCAGCACUCAAAAUCAGCAUCUUUGAUCCACUGAGAAAUGAUGAAGCCAGACGAUUGCGACUUGAGAGGUAUGAGAUGAUGCGAAUGCGAGAGGAAUUGGCACAGAAGGAUUGUCCUGAUUUCCUAGCACCCUACAUUGUGGGUAUUCAAUCAGAUGCAAAGGGUAUUACACGACCAACCUUUGAGUCAUCCAUGGCGGCCUUCAAUUCAUGCUUGGCUGACAAAAGGAAACACUUUGAGGACCUUCUUGUGGAAUUGCAGAAUCGAUAUGAGGAGUUGGACAACGAAACCAAGUCUUUGAGGGAUUUUGUCACGCGCUUCCAGGAUCGUUUCGACGAAAAGGACUUUGCCAAAAUUGUCAAGGAAGGUGAGAGCAUUAAACGCCAUCGAAAGGUAAUCCGCAGUCGCAUGCAGAGUCUUCGACAGGAAUCUCAGGAAAAAUAUCAGCAAGUCCGUGACGCUUUGCUGCAAGAUAAACGCCUCGACCAGGACUUUCGUUCGCAGUACUUGAAGACAAACUAACU